AUCGAACCGUAUUAUUGUUGCGACUUCACAUGUGUGUUUGUUUACAACCCUCUAUCGAUGCGAGUGGAAUCAUACAGACAUGCCGAAAAGAAAGCUGCAAGCUCCUUCCACCAGUGAAGCAGUGGAAGGAAUAAAUCCUGAUGAAAAGCGAGUGCAGUGUGUUUUCAAGUCUGAAGAUGGUGAGACAGAAGGAUCUCCUUUCGAGUUGCCUACAGAUAUAACAAGGGAAAAGCUGCAGCUUGUUUGUGAUGCUGUGAUCCCAAAUGAGGACAAAGUGCCAUACGCUUUUUUCGUCAAUGGGGUGGAGAUUAGAGAGACGCUGGCAAAGGCUGUGGGAGAGGAAGUGCUGUCUUUAACUGAGAAGUCCGUUGAGAUUGUGUACCAGCCUCAGGCUGUGUUCCGCGUGCGUGCUGUGACGCGCUGCACCAGCUCUCUAGAGGGACACGGCGAUCCUGUGUUGUAUGUGUCUUUCAGUCCGAGUGGCAGGUUCCUAGCAAGUGGCUCCAGUGACUCCACUGUGAGGUUUUGGGACAUCAAUACAGAAACCCCAGAAUUCAGGUGUAAAGGUCACCAGAACUGGGUGCUCUGCCUAGCCUGGUCUCCAGAUGGACGGAAGCUGGCCUCUGGAUGCAAGGGUGGGAAGGUGUGUUUGUGGAACCCAAAGACCGGUAAAGAGAUCUCCCGACCUUUGACCGGACACACAGACUAUGUGUCCUCCGUGGCUUGGAAACCUCUACACUUAGAUCCAGAAUGCAGAUAUCUGGCAAGCUCUUCCAAAGAUCGCACAGUGAGGAUAUGGGACGUGGUCACCUUCCGCUCUCACAUGGUCAUCUCAGGGCACACAGCUCACAUCAGUAUGGUCAAGUGGGGUGGUUCAGACCUCAUCUUCACAGCAUCGCACGACCGCAGCAUCAAAGUGUGGAGGGCCAGUGAUGGCGUGUUUUGUCGCAAUCUGGACGGCCACGGACACUGGGUGAACACGCUGGCUCUGAGCACGGACUAUGUCAUGAGGACCGGCGCCUUCGAUCCUGCGGACGCCAAAAUUGUCCAUGAGGAAGUCACAGACUCAG